CCCAAUUUUUGUACAAAUUAGCACCUUUGAGUUUUGUGUUCCUUUCUGGUGUAUACAAUUUUAAUCAAUUAAAAAAUUCAGAAAAAAAAAUAAAAAAAAAUAGUUAAAUGCACGUAGUUUCCAAUUUGGUUACGCAUGACACACACACACGCACCGCAGACUCUCAAAAUCCACCGCAUUCGUCAACUAACAACAUACACACAACACCGAUGCAAGAACAGCCCCAACAACAACAACAACUUCAACAUGCACAUGGUGUUCUCAUUGCCAAACCUUGCCUCAUUACAGCGGCGUCCGAAUCUAAAAUCCAAGCGGAGAAGGAGAAGGAGAAGGAGCCGCUAUGCCUAGAGAACGCCACGCCAGAUGCGGUGCCACUGCAUCUACGCGAAAUGCUGAGUCAAUUUAGCCAACGCAAGCUAUCUGCUGCCGAGCUGCUAAUGCUGCUCAUCUAUUUGGUCGCAUUGGAGUCCGGAUUUGUGGAGAACCAAAGCUAUUUGGAGAAGCGAGCACUGCUGAAGCCUGUGUCGGCAGUUGGUAGCUUUCAUCUCUAUAAUGUGCGUCUGCUUAGCCAUCUGCCGACACAUUACACCCGGGAAUUCGAGGACACUGCGUUUCGCAUGCUCUUACGCACCUUGCUGGACAGUAAAAGCUCGGAGGAGCCGUCCAUGAUAACUGCGCUACAGUCAAGUCUCAUUGCCAUUGUGCUGGGCGAUCUGAUGGUGGUCACACUCAGCCCGGUAGCGCCAUCGAAGGAGCGUGGCUUUAGCACUUGUCUGUCGAUUGGACGUUUUGUGCUCAACGUGCAGCUAGAGCCGAUUUACCAGCGAUUUUGCAAGCUGGACGAGCUCUCGUUACAGCUGCGCCAAAAUCUCUUUCAGCCGAUGCGCGCCCAGCAACUUCUAGCCUUAGAUCUACAUCCGCAUCCCUCAUUGCUCGGAUUACCCAGCGUAGUGUACGAUGAAAUCUUUAAGCAUCUGAACAAGAAUCAGCUUAACAUUUUGGCAAAUGUUAAUUGGAAGCUUUGCAACUAUAAAAAACAGUUCAAAGACCGUCGCCGAAAAUAAUUUAGACCAUGUCCGACAUUGUUACUUUUUUAAAUUAUAUGUGAAAGCCGAAAGUAUUGGUACAUAUGCUUUAAGCUUGAAGUGCUGAUUGCUUAAGGUUUUAAAUAGUA